AAAGUUGCACCGUGAGAAAGCACACGAAAGCAGACCUCAUUAAGCAACAGCGCUAGUAGAAAAGAAAAAUGGGGAAGAAGAUCCCGCACAUAUACUCUGCCCUCGCGUCGUCUUCUUCUUGUUCGUCGUCGUGCUCUAGAUUUUUGAGCUUGCAGUUAUGUCAGAGAUUGUUCUUGCAGAGCCCAUCGAAGGGGGUGAAACCCAUUUCCUUGAUAGGCCAUAUUAUGGUAGAAGUUCUUACGAAGAAGGCGAGACGUCGUACUCAAGGUCCAAUGCCACGUUGGCGAUCACCGAUGGUCCCAGUCACGUUGAUGAUGUUCCUGAGCCCUUCGACAGUGAAAGGUUGCCGACUGUUUUUGCUUCUGAAAUUCAAAGGUUUCUUCGUGUCGCCAAUUUGAUUGAAGGGGAGGAGCCUCGCGUUGCCUAUCUUUGUAAGCCUUUUCAUCAUGCCUUUGAAAUUGCACACAAAAAGGACAAAAAUUCUACGGGAAGGGGUGUCAGACAAUUCAAAACUUCACUUCUUCAGCGACUUGAACAAGAUGAGGAAGUCACCAUCAGAAAAAGGAAGGAUAAGAGUGAUAGUCGUGAACUUAAACGCGUGUAGCAUUCCUACAGAAAUUAUUUUAUCAAACAUGAUAAAACCUUUGAUCUAGAACACAGAGAAAAAUUGAUAAUGCACGUGAAUAUAGCUUCUGUUCUGUUUGAGGUGUUGAAAACAGUUAUAAAUGCAGCUGGUCCUCAGGCGCUUAUUGAAGGAAAUGAACUGCACAAAAAGUCUGAGUUCAACAUUCUACCACUUGCAGGAGGCAUUAAACUUGCAAUUAUGCAGCAGCCUGAGAUUAAGGCUGUUGCAGCUAUUCAUAACAUUCGUGGUUUACCCUCACCCCAAGAUUUUAAGAAAAAUGGAGCCUUUGUAGAUUUGUUUGAUUUUCUUCAGCAUUGCUUUGGAUUCCAGGUUGCGAAUGUGGCCAACCAAAGGGAACAUCUGAUUCUACUCUUGGCCAACAUGCAGACUCGGCAAGUGCAAAAACAGGUGUCAAUUUUGAAGGUGGCGUUGGAUGUUGUAGAUGAAUUGAUGAGGAAGUUUUAAAAUUAUACAAACUGGUGCAAAUUUGGACGAAAAAGCAAUAUCCGCUUACCUUAUGUGAAACAAGAAGCAACAUAUAAAAUUUUGUACAUAGGGCUUUACCUUCUCAUAUGGGGGGAGGCUGCAAUCUGCGAUUCAUGCCAGAAAUGUCUCUGCUAUAUCUUUCAUCAGAUGGCAUAUGAAUUACAUGGCAUUUUAAGUGGUACUGUUAGCUUGACAACAUGGGAAAAGGUCAUGCCUGCAUAUGGAGGAGAACCUGAAUCUUUCCUUAACAGUGUUAUCACCCCCAUAUACAAAGUUAAUAGAGAAGGUCUCCUGAAUGUUUCAGUAUUGGUUGGCCCAUGCGUCUGGACCAUGUUUUCUUCCGUGUUCAACCACCAAAAAAAUCUGAUGUCAAGAAUGCUAUUUCAAUCACCGGACAAAAUAAAAGAAAGAAAAAAGAGAGACAAUAAGGGUGAAGAAUCAGAGAUGCCUGAACCACAAUGGCUGGGGAAGACAAAUUUUGUAGAGAUUCGUUCAUUUUGGCAGAUUUUUAGAACCUUUGAGAGAAUGUGGAGUUUUUUUAUUCUCUCCCUUCAGGCAAUAAUAAUAGUGGCUUGUCAUGACUUGGGAUCUCCUCUUCAGUUAUUUGAUGCCACAGUAUUUGAGGAUGUCAGCAUCUUUAUUACAUCUGCUUUUCUUAAACUCAUUCAAGCAAUUAUGGACAUCAUCUUUACAUGGAAAGCCAGACUAACAAUGGACCAGUCUCAAAAAAUGAAACUUCUGACAAAACUGGUUCUUGCCCUGAUCUGGACUAUUACUCUUCCUGUGUGUUACGCUAAUUCCAGAGGAAAAUAUACUUGCUAUUCCACACAAUAUGGGAGCUUGGUUGAGGAAUGGUGUUUCACUUCUUAUAUGACUGCGUCUGCUAUAUACUUGAUGACUAAUGCGGUUGAAAUCGUUUUGUUUUUUGUCCCUGCUAUUGCCAAGCAUAUUGAGGUCUCUAAUAAUCAGAUAUGCAGAUUUUUGUCAUGGUGGACGCAGCCCAGAAUUUAUGUUGGACGAGGGAUGCAAGAAAACCAAGUUUCAGUGUUGAAGUAUACGUUAUUCUGGAUAUUGGUGCUAUCUACUAAAUUUCUGUUCAGCUACUGUUUUGAGAUAAAACCACUCAUAGCACCCACGCGAGAAAUUAUGAAGAUUGGUGUAAGAAAGUAUGAUUGGCACGAGCUUUUCCCAAAAGGUAUGCUGAAUAUUCAAAGUAAUGCUGGUGCAAUUGUGGCUGUCUGGACUCCUAUAAUAAUCGUUUAUUUCAUGGACACGCAAAUUUGGUAUUCUGUUUUCUGUACCAUAUUUGGUGGACUUUAUGGCAUCUUGCAUCACCUUGGUGAGAUAAGAACACUUGGAAUGCUGAGAAGUAGAUUUUACUCCUUGCCUGCUGCAUUUAAUGUCUGUUUGAUCCCACCAUCAAGAACUGGUCGAAAGAAAAGAAAAGGCUUUUUAAGCAAUAUGUUUCAAAAGGUGCCCCUUGAAAAGAAUGCCAUUCCAAAGUUUGUAGCAGUAUGGAAUCAAAUUAUAAGCCAUCUUCGUCUGGAGGACUUGAUUAGUAAUAGAGAGAUGGAUUUGAUGAUGAUGCCUAUGUCUUCAGAGUUAUUCUCUAAACAAGUUCGCAUUCGCUGGCCAGUUUUUCUCUUAGCAAAUAAGUUUUCUACAGCUUUGAGCAUUGCUAAAGAUUUUGAGGGAAAGGAUGAGAUUCUUCUUAGAAAGAUUAAAAAGGACAAGUACAUGUCUUAUGCUGUUAAGGAGUGCUAUGAGUUAUUGAAAUAUGUCCUUGAAAUUCUUGUUGUGGGCAACCUGGAGAAAAGGAUCAUAUGCGGGAUACUAAAUGAAAUUGAAGAAUAUAUUGAUGUAUCGACUCUUCUUAAAAACUUCAAGAUGAAAAUGCUUCCAGCUCUACAAGUUAAAAUAAUUGAGCUAGCUGAACUUCUGAUUGAGGGGGAUAACAGCCACCGGUGCAAAGUUGUGAAGGCUCUUCAAGAUAUGUGUGAGAUGGUAACCAAUGAUAUGAUGGUUGAUUCGAGCAAAAUACUGGAUAUGCUAGAGUGUCCUCCUCCACCAAGUUGGAGCGAUUUCAUCACAUUCUCUACAGAUAUUGAACCAUUAUUAUUUGCCAAUGAGAAUUCUAUCCAUUUCCCUUUACCAGAAAGUGGUCCUUUAAUUGAAAAGAUCAAGCGUUUUCAUUUGUUGCUUACUGUCAAAGAUACAGCAAUGGAUGUACCAGAAAACUUGGAGGCUCGUAGGCGCAUAUCAUUCUUUGCUACUUCUCUGUUUGCAGACAUGCCUGAUGCUCCUAAAGUACGCAACAUGCUGUCAUUCAGUGUCAUAACUCCUCACUACAUCGAGGAUAUUAAUUUUUCCCUGGAGGAGCUUCAUUCAAGUCAGGAAGAGGUCUCCAUCAUCUUUUACAUGCAAAAGAUAUAUCCAGAUGAGUGGAAAAACUUUCUGGAACGUGUUGGUUGUGAAAAUCUUGAAAGUUUAAACGAUGGUCAAAAGAAAGAGGAACUUAGACAGUGGGCUUCAUUCCGGGGACAGACUCUGGGUAGAACAGCUAGAGGGAUUAUGUACUACAGAGAAGCCUUAAAAUUACAAGCAUUUCUUGACAUGGCUGAGGAUGAAGAUAUUCUUGAGGGCUAUGAAACUGCUGAAAGAAGUAACAGUACAUUAUUUGCUCAUCUAGAAGCACUAGCCGACAUGAAAUACACCUUUGUCAUUUCCUGUCAAUCGUUUGCAUCACAAAGGGCUGCAGCAGAUCCCCACGCUCAAGAUAUAAUUGACUUGAUGAUAAAAUAUCCAUCUCUUCGUGUUGCUUAUGUUGAUGAAGAGGAGGAGUUUUUUCAGGGAAGGCCUCAUAAAGUGUAUUCAUCUAAACUGGUUAAAGUUGUCAAUGGUUAUGAACAGGUGAUAUAUCGCAUAAAGCUUCCUGGUCCACCAAAUAUUGGAGAAGGGAAGCCGGAAAAUCAGAAUCAUGCCAUAAUAUUUACUCGUGGUGAAGCCCUUCAAACAAUUGAUAUGAACCAAGAUAAUUACUUAGAAGAAGCACUAAAAAUGAGAAAUCUUCUCCAAGAAUUCUUUCGGUGCCAAGGGCGGCGCCCACCUACAAUACUUGGUUUAAGGGAACACAUUUUUACUGGAAGUGUAUCUUCUUUGGCAUGGUUCAUGUCAUAUCAAGAGACCAGCUUUGUUACUAUUGGUCAAAGAAUUCUGGCUAAUCCUCUGAGGGUGAGGUUCCACUAUGGCCAUCCAGAUGUAUUUGAUAGAGUUUUCCAUAUCACCAGGGGGGGAAUUAGCAAAGCAUCAAAAACAAUUAACUUGAGCGAGGAUGUUUUUGCUGGAUUUAAUUCUACUUUGCGAAGGGGAUGCAUUUCCUAUCAUGAAUACUUGCAAGUUGGCAAAGGUCGUGAUGUGGGCCUAAACCAGAUCUCAAAAUUCGAAGCCAAGGUGGCAAAUGGAAACAGUGAGCAGACUAUAAGCCGUGAUGUAUUCCGCCUUGGGCAACAAUUCGAUUUCUUUCGCAUGCUAUCAUAUUAUUUCACCACCAUUGGGUUUUACUUCAGUAAUCUGAUUUCAGUGAUAGGAAUAUACAUUCUCUACGGGCAGCUAUACCUGGUGCUUAGUGGGUUGGAAAGAGCACUUAUCAUUGAAGCUCGAAUCAAGAAUGUACAAUCCUUGGAAACAGCUCUCGCCUCUGAGUCAUUUAUACAGCUUGGGCUUCUAACAGGAUUACCUAUGGUGAUGGAAAUUGGCCUUGAGAAAGGUUUCUUCACAGCAGUGAAAGAUUUUGUCCUCAUGCAGUUGCAGCUGGCCGCUGUUUUCUUCACUUUCUCCCUUGGAACAAAGACCCAUUAUUAUGGCCGAACAAUCUUGCAUGGGGGUGCAAAGUACAGGCCCACAGGGCGAAAAGUUGUUGUGUUCCAUUCUAGCUUCACUGAAAAUUACAGAUUAUAUUCAAGAAGCCAUUUUGUCAAGGGGUUUGAGUUAAUGCUUCUGUUGAUUGUUUAUAAUAUGUUCAGGAAGUCUUACCAAAGUAGCAUGGCAUAUGUGCUAAUAACUUAUGCCAUUUGGUUCAUGUCAUUGACAUGGUUGUGUGCACCUUUUCUUUUUAACCCUUCCGGAUUCAGCUGGACCAAGACAGUUGAAGACUGGAAAGAAUGGAAUAAAUGGAUCAGGCAACAGGGUGGUAUAGGAAUACACCAGGAUAAAAGUUGGCAUUCAUGGUGGGAUGAUGAGCAAGACCAUCUUCGACAGUCUGGUCUCCGUUCCAGGAUGAUGGAAAUACUGCUUUCUCUUCGAUUUUUCAUCUAUCAGUAUGGCCUGGUCUAUCACCUCGACAUCUCUCAACAUAGCAAGAAUUUUCUGGUUUAUGUGCUUUCGUGGGUUGUAAUUCUUGCAGUUUUCCUAUUAGUGAAGGCUGUGAACAUGGGAAGGCAAUUAUUCAGUGCUAAUUAUCAGCUUGGAUUCAGAUUUUUCAAGGCGUUCCUGUUCAUCGGUGUUCUUGCCAUUAUUAUAACCCUUUCCAUUAUAUGUGAACUGUCUCUUUUGGACUUAUUUGUUUGCUGCUUGGCAUUCCUGCCAACUGCCUGGGGCUUGAUACUGAUUGCCCAAGCGGUGAGGCCCAAGAUAGAACAUACAGGCGUGUGGGACUUCGGUCGUGCACUUGCUAGAGCUUAUGAUUAUGGAAUGGGUGUAAUUCUGUUUACUCCUAUUGCAAUUUUGGCUUGGCUGCCAAUUAUUAAAGCCUUUCAUAAUCGUUUCCUUUUCAAUGAAGCAUUCAAAAGGCACUUGCAGAUCCAACCAAUUAUUGCAGGGAGAAAGAAGCAAUCCAAAUCUUGAAGAAGAUGAUGACGACUUUCAUACUGAUCUUGUACAGUCAACUGGUGCCUUACAUUCUACAGGGAAGAUUUUAGGAAGUAUAUAUUCUAUUCAUUUUGAAUUCUUGUAAGUAUACGAAAUCAAAUGAAGAAAAGCAUGCUUUUGGUUUUUCAUUAAAUGGUCGAAUAAGUUGAAAGGAACUGGAAUUACUGGUGAAAAGUAGCUUCAUUGUAAAGCCAUUUUUUCAUUAAUAAUAAUGGCGACACAAACUGUUAUCUUAGGCUUGUCAACGAAAGUCAAUGAAGCCUCAGUUUGAGGGUAACUCAUCCA